AUGUCGAUCAGCCAAAUCCUUGUAGAGCUCAUUCUCGCCAUGGCUGCUGUGGGGGCGCAGUACUGUUUUGAAAAUGAAAGGGCGAUUGAAUUGUUGUAUGCUAGCAAGAAAAUCGCAAUUACGCGCAUAGGGCGUAGAGAUGCGAAGCUUGCGGCAAUGCAGCGCCAAGCAGAGACGGACUUAGCUUCUUCUGCCGAAGACAAGCAAGAUCUGAUCCAACCAACCCAGGCUCUUCUAAUAUUGAUGGCCCUAGCAACGUGGGCGAAACACAAGGAAUUACUCCGAGAAGCUCUUGCCCUGCAGAGCAUGUUAUUUACUCUCGUCCGUGAUGAUGGCCUCUGCAGCCAGCCUGUGCCUGAUGAUAUCUCCUGGGAUGAUUGGAUAGAGCUUGAAAGCAUCAAACGGACGAAAUUCAUCGCCUACUGUUUUUUCAACCUCCAUUGCAUAGUGUAUAAUAUUCCUUCACCCAUCCUUAAUUCUGAGCUCAAUCUUUAUCUGCCAUGCAGUGCGGCUGAGUUCAAAGCUCCAAGUCGUCUCAAAUGGAUGGAAGCGAGGGUAAAAGCUGGCCCUCAAAUGAGCUUCCAGACAGCUUUGAAUCGCCUGUUCUCGCAUGGCGGUAACGCGAUCACGGAAUGCAAUUCAUCCUUGGGUAACUAUAUUUUGAUCCAUGCCAUACUUCAGCAUAUAUUUUGUCUCCGUCAUUUUUCUCGCGGUAGAUUCGAUGGUAACCGCGAUGUCGCGCCGGAAGACAUAGCGGCAACCGAGCAAGCACUAUGGAACUGGCAAACUGACAGCAAGCGUAGUCUUCAAUCCCUUGAUCCACAGCACCCAGACGGAUCAGUAGCCUUCAACUCAACAGCGCUUUUACGUCUUGCUUAUAUUAGGUUGAACAUUUAUACGGGACCUGGAAUAGCGCUUGACACUCGAGAUCCAAUACAGAUAGCCAAGGCACUCCGUACAAGCCCGCGGGUCAAACGCACACCAAAACUUGUUUGCGCCGUCUUACAUUCCGCUCGGGCAUUAAGUAUUCCGAUUAAAAUCGGUAUUCGACUUGUAGCACAAACACAAACAUUUAUCUGGUCGAUUCAACACUUACUGUGCUCCUUGGAGUCUGCCAUUUUACUGAGCAAAUGGUUGGAAGCGCUCUCGCAGCCAAAUCCAGAUCCGCCAGUAUCAUAUGAUGAGUGGAGGAUCGGCACCCUUGUGAAGAUGAUGCUGGACGAGACGGAGUUUGCUAUUGCGUCGAACCUGACUCUUGGAUCCCCUGCCAUGAUCAGGCAGAUGAAUGCGGGUGUGUUGCGUGUGUGGGCGAAAAUCUUCAAAGGGACGCAGACUUGGGCUAUCAUUGAUACCAUCGGGAACUCGCUGAAUAUAUAUGCAGAUAUGAUCGAGGAUAACUAA